CUUAGUAACCAUUUAGAUAAAAUACCAAAGAAGUUUAUUUUCUCUUCUUGCAUUAUAGCUUUGCUAAUAUGGCUUCAAACCCAGAGAAACAAUCAACCAAGGGACAAUGGACCACUGGACUCUAUGAUUGUUGGGAAGAUCCCUCUCAUUGUUGCUUCACAUUGUUUUGUCCAUGCAUCACCUUUGGGCAGAUUGCAGAGAUAGUCGAUGGAGGAACAAUAUCAAAAAAUGCAGCGUGCUGCAUUUACACGCAUGGGUGGUCGUGGCUAAAUGGUGCGAUUUACAGAUCCAAAUUGAGAAGACUCUUCUCACUGCCUGAGGAACCUUAUUCUGAUUCAUUUACUCAUUGUUGUUGCUGCGUUUGUUCCCUCACUCAAGAAUUCAGAGAACUCAAAAACCGUGGAAUUCAUCCUUCUAUCGGUUGGGAAGGUAAUGUUGAGAAGUGGAAGAGGGCAGGUGUAGAACCUCCAAUUGCUCCCACCAUGUCUCGUUGAUGAGAGGACUCACCAAUUGUUAUCACCUUCUUGUAAAGUUGAAUUGUUAUGGCUUGUAUUUAUGACUUCAAUGUAUUUUCAUGUGGUUUAUGAUUGAUAGCAAAAGGCUUUUUCGGUUUCAUUGAAAAAGCUCUUUCUAAAUAUUUGGAAGAAAAAUAAAUAAACUUUUUGCUCUUUGCAAUAAGUUACAACA